AUGCCUGCCACGCCCACCGGCGAUGAAUGGCCGCAGUUCAGGAAGGACAUCCGAUACAGCGGCGACUCCAAUCUCAACACUCUCCAGACCUGCAUACCGCGAUCGACCGACAAUAAACGCCACCGCAUAUGGAUCGUCUACAUACAUGGAGGCGCGUGGUUUGACCCGGAGCAGACGGCAUCGACCUUUGAUAAGGCUCAGGAUAUACUGCUGAACUCCUCGAUAGCGGAUCAUGUUGGAGGCUAUGCCUCAAUCAACUACCGUCUGUCACCAGCACCAGCUCAUCCGACAAAUCCCUCAAAUCCGGCAGACCCGGCCCGAAAUGCUCAACAUCCCGAUCAUAUCAACGAUGUCUUGUCUGCAAUUCUGCAUCUUCAGGAAACCUAUCGCUUUGAGGACCGGUACAUACUGGUCGGCCACUCUUGUGGAGCCUUUCUGGCCUUUCAGGUGGCCAUGAAACGCUAUUGGAGAUCGCAGUACGAAUCGACCUAUGGUUUGGAGAUGAAUGUCAUGCCACCGCUCGCCGUGCUCGGGAUCGAAGGCCUAUACGAUCUGCCGGCGUUGGUGAAAUAUCAUGAUGAUCUCAAGCAGCCCAUCUAUCACAACUUUGUAGAAAGCGCUUUCGGACCAAACGCAACGAACUGGGCCGCAGCGAGUCCCACAAAUGCCGACUACAAGAGCAGCUGGCAAGAUGGCAAGCUUGCAGUGGUAGCGCAUUCUCACGAGGAUGAGCUUGUAGAGUGGGACCAGCCAGAACUCAUGAUGAAGGCUCUAUCAUCACAAGGCUUUGGAGAUUCUGGAAAUCGCAGAGGAAAACUCAUCGAGCUGAAAGGGAAACACGAUCAAGUUUGGAGCAAUGGCACCGAGGUGGCGAGAGCCAUUGAAUGGACGAUCAAGGAAUUCGUCAGCAUGCGAUAG